AUCACGUGCGCAGGGUAUUUAAAAAUACUCGUGAGAAAUUCCAACAACGGCGCUACUGUCGCUCUCAUUUAGACAUUGCAGAAGAGAAGCAUAUAGAACAAUUACAAUUCGACAUAUGUAUACGGAUUGUGUGUCACUUCCUAUUCCUUAACUACUCCAAAUUUCCAAUGACAACUGAUAGAUCUGGCAUCACCUCAGUCACACUCAACGGCACCCACUGCAAACUACUCGUUGACAAAUGUUACUCUUGUUACACAUGGAAUUCGAGCAAAGUUCUUCGACCUUACAGUGUAUUUCUUGACCGUCCAACAAGUGCCAGUGCAUUAGCUUCGAAAUUUUUUCAAGAUCAAAAUUGAACUUCAAGGCAGUGGAAACAAAAAUGAAGCGCAUCAUUAUGAACAAGUUUUUUAGCAAAUUCGCAGCAACAAAAGAGUUCAAGAUUGACUCGAUUGCGGAUUCACUCUUAUCAAGUAAAGUUCAUUUAAAAGAUGAGGCAACAGUGUUUGAAAAGAUCAAUAAAAUAAUUACAGAUGGACCUGAGAGACUCCAGGUGAUUACAGACUUUGAUUUUACGAUAACCAAGCAACACGAAGAAGGCCAGCCUAUGCACAGUAGUUUUUGUAUAUUCAAAAAGUCAAAACAAUUGCCAAGUAGCUAUUUAGAACAAUCGAGAGUAUUAUUCGAAAAAUAUCGGCCAAUCGAGUUGGACCCGCGCGUCCCUCGAGAACUUAAAGCCCGCUUGCUCGACACGUGGAUGACCUCGGCGCACAGAAAUUUAAAGGGCAUCAGAUUCUCUCGGGGCGAGAUGGAGGGUCUUGCCGAGCAGCACGGCAACGGCUUCAGAGAACGUACCAAAGAGCUGUUCGAGCGGCUGCACGCCAAGCAAGUUCCUAUUCUUAUAUUAAGCGCCGGACUGGGGGACGUCGUCGAGGCGUUGCUGCGCCGACAGGGAAUUUUGUACGAUAACAUACACAUUGUGUCGAAUUUUUUGAAAUACAACGACGGCGACGUUCUGGAUGGCUUCAAGAGGCCGGACAAGGUUCUGCACGUGCUGAACAAAAACGGCCACGCCGUCGACGAGGAAUAUUUCGAAGUUUUGAAAAACAAAACGAACGUAUUACUGAUGGGUGAUUCAUUGGGCGACGCCGAUAUGGCCGAAGGGGCCAAAAAUGCCGAUAAUAUUUUGAAAAUCGGUUUUCUGUAUCACCACGUGGAAGAAAAUUUACCAUUGUACAAAGAAACUUUUGACAUAGUUUUACACGACGACCAGACUAUGAACGUAGUAUUGGAUAUUUUGUCCCCUAUAAUUUAAGGGUUAAUUACUUAAUUUAUAAGAAAGUGGCUAUAAAACUGUAGCUCAACUUAACAAUGUGAUCAUACAAAUUUUUUCGAAUCUUUUUAACGACUGUUAACUAUGAACAAAUUCAUAUUUUUAUGAUGUUAUAACGCACAAUGAUUAUUAUAAUAAAUUUACUAUAAACACGAAA